GGCCCAAAACCACCCCUCUUCUCUUCCCCUUCCCGGUUCACACAUCCCUAAAUCACCUUUCCGCCCUCGUCUCUGAUCAUCUGGGAUCAAUAUCAACGGCGCAAGCUUUGGAUUCGAGAUUGGUUAUUCUCCGAAAGGGGAAAUGAAAGGAUGAUAAGAAGCAUGACUAUGCCGCCAAUCGUAUAAGAUGAUUAAAGUUUAGGGAUUAAGAGGGCCAGUGCAGUUGUAGAGGACGGGAAGCUAUUCCUAGGUGGAUCCAUCUCUUGCAUGUGCCUAUCGGAUUGGUGUGCGCACUCUGACAUCCGUCUCCUUCGGUUCUGCAUUGGAGAUCAUUUCGUAAUGCUGCAUUGCUUGUGUUCUCUGGUUUUGUCUAUUUAAAUCUGGGUUUGGAGCUCAUGCUGAUUGUUAAAUAGAAUUCUCCUGCUUGAAUUCUCUCUGGUUUUGUCUAUUUUAAUCUUGGUUUGGAGCUCAUGCUGAUUGUUACAUAGAAUUCUCCUGCUUGAAUUCUCUCUGCUGGAAGGUAGUACUUGAUUUGCCAGCAAUUGGAAGGAUUUGGCAUCACUGUCAAGUCGGUGAUUUUAUGAUUUUUAGAUCUUAUAUACAAUACAUUGGUUUAUAUUUCUUCGUUGGUUGUUAGAUUGGAAAUGCUCGAAUACCUUUACACUUACCACUUUGGUUGCUGGAAACUCCAGUAUUGCAACCACAUGAACAUUAAUGACCUCUCACCAAUAUUAUAAUAUACUUUCUAUUAUUUUAGCUGCUUGGCAUCUCGCAAUACUUUUCAUUUUUGACAGUUUCCAUGCCAAUUACUAAUGUACUAAUGCUGCUUAAUAAUGGAUCAAUUCUUAAGGAUACAGAGCUUAAAUUUGUGCACCAACAUUGUCUCUUAUUCACAUCACUGAGGUUUACUUGCAAUCGUCUGUGGAAUCUUAGAAUUUUGCCUUACAACUGAUUCAGACAAAAAGCUUUUGUAUUAAAGUUCAGUUACUGUUCCGUUUAAUUAAGUUUAAAUUUGGUUCUGAAUAAUAUUUCCGGUUGAUAUGAUGGCAACUGAAAUCCCAUCUAGCUCUUGCUACAGUUCAAAAAAAAUUGGCAUGCUUUCUUCUCCAUGCAUGUUGUCCUAUGAUCCUAAUUUUGUUCCUACAAUGCAUUGCCACCGUGGUCCAUGUGAUCGACAAACUUCUGCAAAAGCAAGCUCCAGACAUUAGGAGAAGAAUAGAAUGGCAGGAGAGUGUAUUGUUUCUUGCCAUGCUUUGGUCUGUGUUUUUGUUCCUUUUGUCAGGUUUGCAUCUGUCUUAGUUGACUUAGGAUGCGUUUGAUGUGCUGAAUCACCGUCGUGGCUUGCAACAGUUGAUGCAAAAUGGUGCUAAAAUACUGCUUCUUGUCAUGUGACUAGAAGAUGCUCAUGACAAAGGUCAUGAUGUCGCUUGCAUUCAUAUUUUCUUUUAAAUGUUUUGAUGCAAAUGAGUUGGACUGUGCAAUUGCAUCUCGAGCCAGAUACACCCUUACAUCUUCUUUUCCUUGUUCUACAUGAGAUUCAUGAUGCUUCUAUACCUUCUUUAUGACACAAGUCACAUCAAGGAGGUCAAGGGCUUUUCCCGCUUGGUGGAGUGCUUCUCACUGCAUGGUCUGCUGCAUUUCUGUUUCACCUAUCAGUGCCUUGCUCUCCAUGAUGGCUAAAAGUUGACACUUGAAGAGCAUCCAAAAGACUGAAUGAAGAUAAAGUUUAUCUCGAGGAACAAUUGAAGUGUCUAUGAAGGUUGCUUGAUUUGGAAACUGUUGUUAGGUCAUGAGUCUAUUUCUCUGAGAAUUUGCUAUGGUGGAGCUUACUGAGGAAGCAGGCAUUCAAGUUAAAAUAUCAAUCAUGCAUUAGUUCUGUACAAACAUGGAUAUUGCAAGUAUCUAAAAAAGAAAGAAAGCAAGUUGCAUCCGAAUCAGUUACUGAAGUUAUCAUCCAUCCAUGGUUGGGAUGUAAAACUACAGAGGUAACGACUUUGUGGAUCAGGUGGGGCCUACCAGUGCUCACUUUCAGUGGAAUUUUAGUUGUUGAGUGGAAGAGAUCAUUAAUCAUGUCUUCAAAUUCUUGGAGUAUCUGUUACUUUGAGAUCAUGCAGAUGCAUUAUUGAGUAUAAGAGAAAUGGCAAGGAGCAGCUGUCAUGGGGGCUCACAGCUGCUUUCAUAUGGUCACAAAGCAACUCUGACUCUCCACAUGCAUUGGCAAGCACCAGAGACCUACUAUUUCAUCUGGUAGUGUGGUGUGGUAUCAAAAUGGUCCACUCUAUUCCCUAUAUCUUGUUAUUUGAAAGUAGGUACACUGAAUGUUUAUCGAUCAACCCCUUCUCUUCCAAGCUAAGGCACUCGAAUCUAUUUCUACCUGCAAUGCUUUACAAGCUACAGGCAAUCACUGUCUUAUUUGAAGAUAGGGUUUUUUGCUUAAUUAUGCAUUGAAAAUUUUUAAUUCCUACCUUCUUGCUCCUUUUCCUUAAAUCUGCUACUUGACUUGAUCGGAAUGUGCUUGUCCAAACAAGACCGAAUCCAAAAGAAAAGGCACCAGGCUGAUCAUUUUUCAACAGACAUAUUAUGGUAGAAUUAAAGUGAUGCUGCAAGUAGUGGAAAUACAGCAUGCCGUUCUGAAAAUUGUCAAUCUCAGCAAAGCAGUCAUUCCUCACCAAAUCAUAUAUUUGUUGGAGACUUGUGCAUUGGCUGGUCCAACAGGUACAGUAUUUUCCAAGAAGAAAAAGCUUCCGAACUCAGGCGAUUGACAUGACUCCAAAGUCAUGUUCCUGCACACCCAUCAUAGACAUCCACCCUCACCGGACUCUCCUACUGAACAAAGCAUCCUCUGUCUACUGACUAUAUUUGAUCAUCUGACUUCAGUCACUCUCCAUAUGAUCAUCCCAUCAACAUGAAAGAAGAACGAGAGAUGGCCUGUCUACGGCAAGCAUCGCAGCUUCUCGGCUCACUGGUAUCUUCUUCCUUCGCGGUCCGAUGCUUCCCUGGUAAGUGGCAGUUGGUCCGCAGCAAGCUCGAGCAGCUGCUCUCCGGACUUGCCGCAGCUGCAGACGGCAACUUCCUCAGCCGGAAUUCGGAGGUGGAUUUGCUACUGAAGUCGAUGUUGACGACCUUCGAUGACAUCGAAUCGCUUUUACUUCGUUGCGGCGAUGAAUCCUGCGUCGGUGGGAAGCUCCUCUUGCGGAGCGAUCUUAAUGGCGUUGCCUCCAGGCUCGGGCUCCAUAACGAGAGACUUGCGGAAUUGUAUGCUUCUGGGAAUGCGACGCGUUCCCGAGCCAUCGUCCUCACGAAGCCAAGCAGUAAUGCCAGCCGAGAGGACAUCCGAUUCUACGUGAGGGAUCUGUUCUCGAGGCUUAAGAUUGGUGAUACCAGCAUGAGACUGCUAGCUUUGGAUUCUCUUCAUGAGGUUCUCCGCGAAGACGACGAGUAUGUGAGGAUCGUGGCGACGGAUACAGCUGAUGCAGUGUGUCUUCUAGUAAGCUUUCUCGAACACAGAGAUGAUGGCCUUCGGGAGAAGGCCGCAGGGGUACUCUCGGUGAUCGCCGAGUUUGAUUCAUACAAAGGACUGCUUGUCGCUGCAGGUGCGAUAGGUCCACUGAUACCAAUCUUGGAGAAGGGAACUGAAUUGGGAAGAGAGAGAGCCGCCGGAAUUCUGAGAAGGCUGACCGAGAAUUCCGACAACGGGUGGUCGAUCUCUGCUCAUGGAGGCAUCUCGGUGCUGCUCAAGAUCUGCAGCGACGCCGCCGUUUGUCGUAAGGAGCUAAUUGGGUUGGCUUGUCAGAUUCUAAGCAACCUCGGCAGCGCUGAAGAGAUGAGGAGGUUCAUGGUGGAGGAGGGCGCCAUUCCUGUUCUCUUACAGCUCACCCUGUCCAAGGAAGAAGAAUCACGGAUUCAAGCCAUUGAGUGCCUUCAUUCCAUGGCAUCUGCGGACAAUGGCAUCAGACAAAUCGUUGUCGGAGAAGGACUUAUCGCCUCGAUAACUGAGUUACUGGAUCCAUGCUCACCCUGCUCAUCAACGGCAAGAGAGGCGGCUCUCAAGGCUACCGAGCUGCUCCACUCAGCAGAUUCCAUAGCUGUCCUAAUGAGCUCCGGCUUCUUGGAUCGAGCGCUCUUCUUCGUCAAACAUGGCGGCGUCUCCGUCCAGGAGUUGGUCCUGAAGAGCGUCUCCCGCCUCUGUGAGCUCUCCGAGGAGUACAGGAAGGCCAUGGGCGACGCGGGCUACAUGACGGAGCUCGUGAGCUUACUGGAAGCCAAAUCAGCUGGAGUCAGAGAGAAAGCAGCUGAGACCAUUCAUAACAUGAUCUGUGCUCAACGAAAUAGGAGAAGGUUGAUCCAAGACGACCACGACGUGGACCGGAUCAUGCGGUCGCUCGAUCUCGUGGAGGGGAACUCUGCGACGAGGAAGCACCUGCUCUCCGUGCUGAAGGCAGUGGCGGAGAGCAACAGCGGAAGGAGAAGGAUCAUGGCCUCCGGGUGCGUGCAUUGCUUGCAGAGACUGGCAGAAGCCGACGAGGUGGACGCCAGGAAGGUGAUGAAGAAGCUCUCUGCCCGGAAUCGAUUUCGAAGUAUCCUGAAUGGAUUCUGGAGCACCUGAUUUCCUUUCAGCUGCUGUAAUAUGCAAUCUGCUUUGUUCAUCAUCGGCAUCUCUUUUUCUGUCUUCAUGAUUCCAACCAGCUUAUCAUGCAAUUCUCAGCUGGUGAUAUUUGGAUGAUACAUAUAUUAUGUAUAUUUCUUUUUUUGGGUUUUGA